AUGGCAUUUUUAUUCAAACGUGAUCCUAAAAGUCCACCUGAGCUAGUGAGAGCUUUAAACGAUCAGCUAAUCAAGCUCGAUAACACCAACGAUCCUUCCACUUACAAGAAAUCACAGGAUGAUGCUGGGCGAUAUCUAAAGCAAAUUAAGGCCAUUAUAUACGGCGACGAUGAAAAUGAACCCCAACAGGAUCAGAUACAACUAUUAUUGACCGAGAUUUUACAAUCAAACAGUUUGUACUUGUCUACAUUCACUUUACCCAAAUUGGAUUUUGAUUCACGAAAGGACGUGGUUGUCAUGUACUCAACUUUGUUACGACGAAAUUCCUUAAAUGGUAUGAAACAACCAGCAACCACAUCUCUGUCUCCUCCUCCAGUUGUGGAUUACCUACUUCACGCACAACCCAAAAUUUUAGACUACCUUUUAAGAGGUCCCGAGCAUUCUGAAAUAGCUCUUGUCACCGGUCAGAUAAUUCGGGAUUGCAUAAAAUUUGAAAAGAUCAACAAGCAUGUCUUAUACAGCCCUUCGUUUUGGAAUUUGUUCAAGUAUGUCGAGAAUCCUACGUUUGAAAUUGCUUGUGAUGCUAUGAUGACCUUAAAUGAUGUAUUGACUAUUCAUAAAAAAUUGGUGUCUGAAUUUUUGGCAAACAACUACGAGGCAUUCAUGACAAAAAUUAAUGGGUUAAUCAAAUCAACAAACUAUGUUACCAAGCGGCAAAGUGUCAAACUUCUCAAUGAUUUAGUGUCUGAAAAGGCCAAUUUACAAUUCUUGCACAAAUACUUUGCUGAUACAAGGAAUCUCAAAUACACGAUGUUGCUUUUGAGUGAAAAGCUGAAAAAUUUACAGUUGGAAGGAUUCCAUCUCUUGAAGUUUUUCGUUGCAAAUCCAAAAAGAACCCCGAAAGUGAAUGAAACUUUGAUAAAGAAUAAGUUCAACUUUCUCGAAUUUUUUAAAACCUUUGAUGUUGCGAGCUUCCAUGAUUCCAGUUUACUCGAGGAGAGAAAUUAUGUCAUCAAGCAAAUUGAGGAGUUACCGGAUAAAAAUGCUGUAAAUUAA